CCGGCACAAAUUCACGCCAGCCUAGCCGGAGCUUCAAAGCUCAAGAUAUCUCAAACGUCACGAUUCAAGAUAACGACAAUUUAACAAUUUCAUCACCCGUUGAGAUUGUCCACCAUGCGUCGCACAUUACGGCAGUUUGCAGCCGUUAAGCCUGCCAAAUACCUCGAGCCCUACACUCCCACCGGCCUUACUGGUCUUACUACCCAUCCCUCCCCGCCCCGCCUUGCUCUACCUUUACUCCUCUACCCUCGAUAAACUACAGGAAUUUCCCUCUACAUCCCUAUAUCGUCAAUCCGCUGAGGCCCUCACCAACCACCGUUUAAAGAUUGUGCAAGCUGUUGUGCCAGCUGGAUACGAAGAAUGGGCGGCAAAAGCGAAAGAAACUAUGGCUGCGCAUCCAGAGGUUUUCUCCACUCCAAAGGGUGGUAUACAUUUUGAUCAGGGGAGACAUGUCAAAGUUAAUGCUGGAGGUGGAGUUUUCGUGCAGAGUAAGGUCGAUAAGGAGGUUGAUUGGAGUAAGGAGGAGUGGGAUGGAGAGGAGGGAAGUGCGGAGUUAGAGGGUGUGAGGACGACACAGGAGAGGAAGGGACAAAGUGUUUUGGCUAAAGAGAGACCUGGUGAGGAUGAGAAACAAAUUGUUUGGGAAAAUGAACCUGCAUUGAAUGUCGAGCAGUGAGUUUUGGUUCCCUAUCCAACACGAAAAUGCACAGGUACUGAUAUGUGAGUGAAGAAUCGAAGAAAUUGAGAAUAAAAUUGGUGCUGGAUUGAUUGAGGAAGUUAUUAAGGUUGCCGAGGGCGAACUGAUACUCGCCGAUGUCUUAUUAAAAGCCAAGGUGUAAGUUAAAUGCCAUGGCCGAUUUCAUGGAUGGAGACUAAUGAUACUUCAGAUGGGAAGACCUCGAAGAGAAACCUGUCGAAGGACAGUGGACAUAUUUUAAACGCGACGGUGGUGUCCCAACUAAUCAAUAACCACCACAAAAGUAAUGCUCAAGCAGCCACAAAAUGCUAUCAGGUUCAAUGUUCAAGAGUGUAUAGUAAAGGGUUCUGUACAUAGAAUAAAUGCAUACAGCCAUUAUCUUUCAAAGCCCAUAUCUUCCCCCGAAA